GCAGGAGAAGAUCUACCAAUGGAUCUUGAGACAACAUGAGGAAGGGUCAAGGGUGAACAUAGAUGAUAUACUUACAUAUAUUCAGAAUGAGAUGGAUUAUGGAGGAGAGGAUGGAAUAGUUUCUCCAAGAUUGCAAUUCCAACACCAGCAUCCACAUGUCCAAACUGCAAUGCAUUUUACAAACUCGAACUCCCAACCACCAUCGGGUUUCUUUGGGCAGGGUGCAAUUGGACUUGCUCCACGGCCGAGUCACUCUGAUCAGUCGAAAAAUUCAGUUUUCUCGAAUGCUCUUUCUAGCCCCGUUCGCAGGAGUCUUCAGCCCUACCAUCUGGCUCAGGGGAGCGGAUAUUAUGCAAAUGGUUGCCUGUCCAGCGGAAAUGGAGCUAGGAACCAUGAAGCGAACACUCUCAGUCAAAGCCGGGAGCCUAAUUGUCCCAGCUCGAAUGACUCGUCCAUGGAUAUGCAUUCUGACAGCCCUACUCAUGAAUCUUACUGAUGACCGGCUGUUCCUAGGGCUGUCCCCAUGCAACAUUGGAUCGCUGUAUCCAGUUCAAUAGCCUCGGUAAUCCGGCCUUGCGUUCUCUAAUCUGCAGCUCCGUGUGAGGUGGCUGUGGGAGAAGGUAAGAAGAGGCGAAGUAUAUGUUUCUCUGGUUGGGUCCUGUAGGUUAAGAAGUUGUAGUCGUAUAUUAAUCUCAAGGGUGUUACUCUUGGUCGCUUCUCUUGUCGAACUGCUUAGGAAUCAUAUGUUUGUCUGGUGGUCAAUAUAAGUUGUCUGUGCACUUUUGGAACUCUGCUCUGAAUCACAUUUAUAUAAAUAAAAUAUAUGUUGGAAUCCUGUUAUC